UUAAAGCCCUAGCAGGCUCUGACACGGUUGUCGCCUGGAGCCCACUUUCUCCUUUCUUUGAGCCUCCACGCCAGCUGGGCUGUCUGACAAGAUGUGAGGCGUUGCUCUCAUGCUGCACAGGCCAGACCCCGAGCUCCUUGCAAAAAGAAAAAAAGAAUUAGCAGCUCUAGCGAGGGCUGACUUUAAUACACUUUUGUUUUUAAUAACCAGCAUCACCUCUACUGGCAUCAUUUGGGGAAGAAACCCUGUGGGCUUAUCCUGAGAGUUACCACUUCCUGGCAGGCCAGCAUUCCCUGAGGCCCUGGUGAUGAAGGAAGGAGACGAUUAAGAAACCGCAGCCCAGAGAAGUGAGUUGCUGAAAAUCACAUCAAUAAUUAGUACACAGUCGAGACGCAUGACUCACAGUCCGUGGGCUACAAGGGUGGGACUGAAUGAACUUGAGAGGCCAUGACACAAGGUUUUUGGACCACUGGUAAUACCUGUUCUGUUCGCUUGGGUAUACAGUCCCCAUUUAUAGAGAUCCCACUAAGGAACACUCAACUGCUCUUCAUUCUUUACAUCCACUACCUCUCAUCUGCCUUACAACCUUGCCAGGUAGACACAGCCCUCAAAGAUGGUGACUCCCUCCUGAGACGCAGAACCACUUCGUACAAGAAAAGGCCUUCUCCAGGUCACAGGGCUGGAUCACCCAGACGCCUCCUGGUCCCAUAAACAGCUGAAGUCUCCACCCUCAGUUUCAGGAGAAUAUGAAAGUGUUACUCAGGCUUGUUUGUUUCAUAGCGCUACUGAUUUCUUCUCUGGAGGCUGAUGAAUGUGAGGAAAUUGAAGAACCAAUAAUUUUAGUUUCAUCUGCACAUGAAAUUGAUGUUCGUUCAUGUCCUCUUAACACAAAUGCAAGGGAAGGCAGUAUAACUUGGUAUAAAAAUGACAGCAAGACACUUAUUUCUAUGGAACGAGACUCCAGGAUUCAUCAGCAUAAAGAUAAACUUUGGUUUGUUCCUACUAAGGUAGAGGAUACAGGACAUUACUAUUGUGCAGUAAGAAAUUCAACUUACUGCCUCAAAAGUAAAAUAACUGCAAAGUUUGUACAACAUGAGCCUAAUCUGUGUUACAAUGCACAAGCCAUAUUUACACAGAAACUGCCCCUUGCAGGAGAUGGGCGACUUGUGUGUCCUUUUCUGGAUUUUCUUAAAGAUGAAAAAAAUGAAUUACCCAAAAUACAAUGGUAUAAGGAUUGCAAACCUCUCCUUCUUGACAAUAUCAACUUCAGUGGACAGAAAAAUAAACUCAUCAUGGCAAAUGUGAACACAGCGCAUAAAGGGAUCUAUACUUGUCGUGCAUCCUACACACACUUGGGAAAGCAGUAUCAUAUUACCCGGGUUAUAGAACUUCUUACUCUAGAGGAAAGCAGACCCAUGAAGCCUGUGAUUGAGAGCCCAGUUAAUGGCACGUUAGAAGUAGAUGUGGGAUCCCAGCUACAACUGAUCUGCAAUGUCACUGGCUAUCCCACUGCCUAUGUCUCCUGGAAGUGGAAUGGGUCAUCAAUUGAUGAAGACGAUCCAGUGCUGGCGGAAGAGUAUACAACGGAAAGUCCUUUAACCAAAAGAAGGAAUAUACUCACAGUGCUUAAUAUUUCAGAAGUGGAAAGUAGAUUUUAUCUACAUCCAUUUACUUGUUUAGCUAGGAAUACAUAUGGUAAAAGUGCAGCAUAUGUCCAAUUGAAACGGCCAGUCCCUGACUUCCAGAAGCAUGUAAUCGGCAUAUUUGUCAUGCUAACAGUGGUAAUUACAUGCUGUGUUUUCAUCUAUAAAAUCUUCAAGGUUGACAUAGUACUUUGGUUCAGGGAUUCUUGCCAUGAUUUUAUCCCAAGAAAAGCUUCAGAUGGAAAGACCUAUGAUGCAUACAUACUGUAUCCAAAGACCCAUGGGGAAGGAGCCACCUCUAAUUCAGAUAUUUUUGUGUUUAAAGUCUUGCCUGAGGUCUUGGAAAAACAGUGUGGAUAUAAGCUGUUCAUUUACGGGAGGGAUGACUACGUUGGGGAAGACAUUGUCGAGGUCACUAGUGAAAACAUAAAGAAAAGCAGAAGACUGAUUAUCAUUUUGGUCCGAGAAACAUCAGGAUUCAGCUGGCUGGGGAGUUCAUCCGAAGAGCAAAUAGCAAUGUACAAUGCUCUCAUUCAGGAUGGAAUUAAAAUUGUCCUGCUUGAGUUAGAGAAAAUCCAGGACUAUGAGAAAAUGCCAGAAUCCAUUAAAUUCAUUAAGCAGAAACAUGGAGCCAUACGCUGGUCAGGGGACUUUAGAGAGGGAUCCCAGUCUGCAAAGACAAGGUUCUGGAAGAAUGUCAGGUACCACAUGCCGGUCCAGCAGCUACCUUCCCCUGGGCCCCAGUUACUGUGCCCCGCCACAAGGCCAGACUCUAAGGAGAAAGUGCAAAGGGAAGUACACACGCCUCUCGGGUAGCAGGGAGAAAGAACUGUGGCCAAGAGUCCAUGGUUGACUCCUGUCCAGCAGCUUCGUGGACUGCGUCAUGCCUCCACUGACUUGUGCAGUCAAGAUGCACCUGUAUAGUCCCUUGUCCCCGAGGUCACCUGGAAUCGGAUUGUUAAGGGAGCAGGACAUGGUGACAACAGCAGGCCAAGGCAAUUCAGAGCAGAGGGCUUGGGAAGUCCUUUAAAAGGCCACAGAUAGCCUAUCUGAAUGCUGGAACUGCUGAGACGAGGCAGCAAAUGGGAUGAGUGAACAUGCAGGAAAUGUUCGCCAUCUACAGACGGUUUUGUGAAGGUGUCCACAGUCCGAGGGGGUUGUGGCUUUGUCUGGGGACUGCAGGCUCGCUGGCACUUGAGCUGCUCUCUUAGGUAGCACUGCAGAUGAACUGAGAUGUGUAUUCUUGGAGAACUUCCUACCUGCCUUGUGUUUUCCAUGUAUGUCGACAGCCAGCAGUCAGUUUCCAAAGACUGAAUUUUCAUGUCAUAGCCCUUUAAAACUGCAUGUUAACGAAAGAAGGAAUUCUUCAGCAUGCCGGAGUUUUGAAAUAACCUUAGCUAUCCAUGGGAGAGAGAGAGAUUUCCCAAAGCAAGGGUAGUAGAGAACUGAUUCAUCUCCUCAUUUGCCCCUUGGCACUGCCACUCUGUGCUUCCUCUCUGCAUCGCGCUUGGCUCAUCACUUCUCUGGAAGGACUAGUGCCCAGUCAUUCCUCUUUUCUCUCGGUCCCCCACAGGGUGCACAGGUUAACCACCCUUCAUAAAACACUGCUCUCUGCUCCUCCUCGGGCUCCUCCUGGUUUAGAAGCUGAAGCCCAAGCUCUCCCGCAGACCCGUACCACCACCGCCCCCAUCUGUCCACAUGGCCGUCCCCUCCCCAUCCUGCUGUGUGAUUUCUCCAUUCUCCACCCCUGUAUCUUCACACCUGCCGCAUGAUUCUCUAUUUCUGCCUCUUCUUCCUGUCUCCUCUGACCAGAAUACUUUCUCCGUAUUUUUACUGAAAUUCACAAUUUAUUCCGACUCUGUUUCUCCAAGGGAUUUCUCCAAGCAUCUGCCCUAGGACACCUGCCUCUGCUCUCUUGGUUGGGCAAUGCUUCUUCUGUUGGCGAUAGCUUUGAGAAAGUUGUCUUCUCUCCAGCUGGGAGUCCUGCUGUCUGAGGGAGAGGCGGUCGGGUGUCUCACUUUGUCUGCGCUACCUGCUCAAGUAAUUUUCACACAGGACAUAGAUUUGUGUAGGGCUUUAUGUUUAAAAAUGUCCAAAGAUAAUUUUAUUUCAUUUUUGCAAUCAUCUUAAUUUUAUAGGGAGAGUAAGAGACCUGUUUUAAAAAAUUACACUCUUAGUACUAUUGGACCUAAGGAUAGGUCUGUUUCCUAUUGCUGGCUUUUCCAUUUCUGCCUUCUAGUGCAGUGUUCAAAAUACUUGAUUUCAGGUCAGUAAAUAUCGCCCUCACCAUACCCCAGCACUUUAGUGAGAAGAAAUGGUAGUUCUUUUUUUUUUUUUUUUUUUAGGAAGGGUGGUGACUGAGUCCAGGAAUGCUUUUACUUAAGAAACCAAAUUAAGAAUUUUUGAGUGUUAGAAUUUACAAAAAUUAUGUUUAGCUUUUAUGAAAAACUCUUCUACUUUCAUAUAUCUCAUAUACUUUUCCCAAAGGUAAAUUUUUCAGUAAAUUAAGAAUGAAAGCAAAUUGGAUUUUGGUUAGAGUGCCACUUUUUGAAGGACACGUGCAUGGUUUUAAGUCAUAUGAAUCUGGACGGGACUUCUGUUUCUUAAAUUGUAUUAUUUAAUAUGGGUGGACAGAAACAUUUAUUCGUAUAAUUUUUUUCCCCAAAAGUAGUCAGAGCAAGACAGAAACAGAGUUAAUACUUUGACUGUUUUCUGUCCACCCACUUUCUCUCGGAUCUGAUCUGACAACCUUGAAUGAUAGCGCUGUCCUGAAGCUGCUAUGUUAGCACCUUAUGUUCAUUAAGCAGCGUGCACAGCCUGUAGCAAAGUCUGCAGGCAGGGUGGAGGUAGGUGGCUGUCCUGCCUCAAAAAGUCCUUUUGGAUGCUUUAAACACAGAAUGUUGCUGAUCAUUUUCAGUCUGUUAUCGAUAAAAUACACUUGCCUGUGUAGUGCCAGAAAGCCAAUUCUGAUAUUUAGAAUUAGCAGCAAAUUGACAAGAAAGUAAAGGAGUUGGGGAAAACAGCCAAGAAUUACCAGUGGCACUGAACCUGGAAUUCAGGGAGGGACAAGAACCAAGGGAUAUGCCUGGGUGGAGAAGGAGUCCUAACAGGAAAGUGCAAUGUCCCGGUGUCACUCCCAUUCCCAAGGGAGCCUUCUGGAGGAAGGAGCUGCACUCCUAGCUCCCUGGGAACUUCCUCCGUUUGAUUGUUUUCUCCAAAACCUCUUUCAAGCUCUUCCUUUCAACCUUCCUUAUUAAUUAGAUUUUACUGCGUUAUUUGAUGGUAAUUUUUUUUGUCAGCUUGAGUGUUUAAGGCAAGUUUGCAAAUGCCACAAAGUGUUUCAUUUCCAGUUGUUAAAACUGGCUUAGCAGAAUUUAUAUUUUCCUUUUCCUGUCUCUGUUUUAUUUGUAGUAAAAGAAAAGAUAUUGAGCCAAUUUUUUCAAUGGCAUUAUUGAUAAAUUAUAUUUUUACUGGUUAAUAAUGAAGAUUUUUUUUAAAACUUGUUUGUGUAAUUCUGGAGCAGAUACCAAAUAUUUUUAUAUAGUAAAACACCAGAUUCAUGUGUAGCAUGUAUCUUUUAUCAAUGGACUGUAUUUGUUUUCCAAUAAAAUUGUCAAACCUG